CUAACCAAUGAAUGCUCUAACAUGAGCAUCAGUCAUUGAAACGAUUCUGUAGGAGCAAACUUUCGUUGACCUUCUAAACUAAUGUCUGCGAUGACAGUCCCCAACCUCGCUGUCGGAUCUGAUCACCACCUGAUGCCUGUUAUCGGUUUCGGAACCGCCGCAUCUCCCCCGCCGGAACCAUUGCUGCUGAAGCAGGCGGUCAUUGACGCCAUCAAGCUCGGUUAUCGCCACUUCGACACGUCUCCAAGGUAUCUGACGGAGGAGCCUCUCGGCGAAGCUCUAGCUGAGGCGGUUUCUCUCGGCUUGAUCGGAUCUCGAUCCGAACUCUUCGUCACUUCCAAGCUAUGGUGCGCCGAUGCUCACGGCGGCCUCGUUGUGCCGGCGAUACAACGUAGCCUCAAAAACCUUAAGAUGGACUAUCUUGAUCUUUACCUGAUUCAUUGGCCGGUUAGUUCGAAACCGGGGAAGUACAAGUUCCCCAUUGAAGAAGAUGAUUUCCUGCCAAUGGAUUAUGAAGCAGUCUGGUCUGAGAUGGAGGAAUGCAAGAGACUUGGACUUGCAAAGUGUAUAGGAGUGAGCAACUUCUCCUGCAAGAAGCUUCAACACAUCCUUUCUAUCGCCACAAUCCUGCCUAGCGUCAAUCAAGUGGAGAUGAGUCCAGUAUGGCAACAGAGGAAACUAAAGGAGCUUUGCAAGUCGAAGGGCAUUGUUUUGACAGCUUACUCAGUGUUGGGAUCAAGAGGAGCCUUUUGGGGAACUCCUAAAAUCAUGGAGUCUGAUGUUCUUAAAGAAACUGCUGACGCCAAGGGCAAAACCGUUGCACAGGUGAGUAUGAGAUGGGCGUACGAGGAAGGAGUGAGCAUGGUCGUGAAGAGCUUUACAAAAGAAAGAUUAGAGGAGAAUCUCAAGAUAUUCGAUUGGUCUUUAACUGAGGAAGAGAUGCAAAGAAUCUCCACAGAGAUUGCUCAGUGCAGAAUCGUCGGCGGUGAGGUUUAUAUCUCCAAGAAAGGCCCCAUUAAAUCUCUAGACGAAAUGUGGGAUGGUGAGAUCUAGAUCAGUUCGUGUGAAAUGUGGGAUGGUUUGUAUCAUGAUCGUAACGAUUUACUGUCAUUCUCUUACUUCAUUCUCAUGGUCAUCAUAACUUUCACCGAAACAAGGCCAAACAGUCCCAUGUUAAGCUCAAGGGUUAAUUAUAUCAGACCCAUAAAAUGACAAUCCUUCUCAUUGUGUUUUGUAAGCUCAUAAAAAAAAAUACCAGAUUUGUUACUA